AACUGGACGCAAUCCUUUCCUGGCAGCUUUUAAGGAAGGGGGCUCGGUUUGGGGUGAUAUUUUUUGGGGGGUGUGUGCACAACUUACCAUGGCCACAUCUGGGAGGAUCAGUUUUACAGUGAGGAGCAUUUUGGAUUUACCAGAGCAGGAUGCUAAUAGCAUAAAGCAAGCCUCUGACCAUCGCCACUCAGCGGAGAACUACACCGGCUCGCCGUAUCGAGGGUGGAUAGAAACAGACAGAAAUCACUAUCCCUCUUCCGACGAGAGCGGCCCGGAGAUGAGCUUGCCCGACUCCACCCAAAGGUCGCUCCCCGCCCGCGGCUCGGAGGCCGAGGAGAAGAAGAAGAAGCGGCGGGUGCUCUUCUCCAAGGCGCAGACGCUGGAGCUGGAGCGGCGGUUCCGGCAGCAGCGGUACCUCUCGGCGCCGGAGCGGGAGCAGCUGGCCCGGCUGCUCAGCCUCACCCCCACACAGGUGAAGAUCUGGUUCCAGAACCACCGCUACAAGAUGAAGCGGGCGCGAAGCGAGGGUCCCGGCAGCCCGCAGCCGCGCCCGCCCGCGCUGCUGCGCCGGGUGGUGGUGCCGGUGCUGGUGCGGGACGGGGAGCCCUGCCGCGGCUGCCCCGCCAGCCCGCCGGCCGCCCUCGCACUGCAGGGCUACCGAGCCUGCCCGCCCGCCGCCGCCCUCGGCGUCUUCCCCGCGUACCAGCACUUAGCGCACCCGGCCGUGGUCUCCUGGGGAUGGUGA